GUUGGCUCUUCCGUACAAGGCGUUUGUUUCCACGGCAAUUCUUCCGGGCUUGAAGCAAUUACCGACGUUACCAAGGACGCAUUUCCUUACGAGGGUCUUCACCCAACGAUAUGUGCUUGCCAACAUUUGUAGAUGAAUCACCACAAAAAUUAUGUUUACCAGUUCUCGUGCUAGAGUGCCCUGUUGUGAGCAUAACGUUAAUUAACGUGUGCUCUUUGCAGUAUAUGCAUCUAAGUGGUUUAGUUCACGUCAUAUAGUAGAGUCCGAGUGUAUCUUUCUCUAGAGACAGCCAACAAGUCAGGCACGUCCUGCACUUUACGAUAAUCCUUCCGGGAAGUCAAUAAAGGGCUUAGGUUAGAUUAUGAUAUCGAAGGUCAAAGUACACUUGCAUAGAACAUAAAAGCUGCGAGCUCUUGCGUGAGUCUCUCUAUAUAUUUCGCUACUCUAUGAGUUGGCAGUAGAUUUGGUGCAGUUGCAAUAUACUUGCUCGGUUGUGUAUCGUACAUAACGCAUCGUAACGAGAAAAGGCUGCCCACGCGAAGAGUCUCGGUAGGUGCGAUGUUUAUACAGUAUAUACAUAUAUUUGUUUUCAUUAUUGAUAACGUACUCGUAUUUGUCCUAGAGAAUGACUAACGAGUUAGAUCUCCAGCUACGUGAAGCUGCCAGCAGAGGAAACGUUGACCAGGUUUCUGAUCUUCUGGAGAGAAAAGGGGCAGACGUAAACAGUCGUGACACGAAUGGAUGGACGGCAUUACACUGGGCCGCAGUUCACAAUAAUUCAGCUGUUAUUUCAUAUCUGAUACAAAAAGGAGUACAUGUCAAUGAAGCUACUAAGGAUGGAUAUACAGCAUUACAGAUGGCAGCUGUCAACAACUACUUCUCAGUUGUAGCAUGUUUGAUGCAGCAUGAUGCAGAUAUCAAUGCGACUUCCAGUAAGGGUGAAACAGUACUAGAACUAGUGAAAAAAUACAAUCACAAAGAAACUAUAAAAAUAAUCGAAUCGUAUACUUCAACUUCAGUCACUUCACCUUCUACGCCAUUUCAACCGUCAGCUGUAAAGUCUCAAUUUGAAAAUGCAUAGAAGUAAUCAAGUUCCCAGCUAGAACUGCUUGUGCUUAUUAUUUUUGCAAAGCAUAUGGCAUUGCGAACAUGGCUGUACACUGUAAAAUAUAAUAGAUAUGUGCAGUAUUAGAGAAGUAGAAUUUAAUUGAAGAAGGAAU